AUGUCCAUCACCAUCACCGGCGCCGCCGGCUUCCUGGGCCAGCGGCUAGCCAACGUGCUCGCGCGGCGCGGCGAGCGCGUCGUCAUGUGCGACCUCGUGGAGCCCGCCGCGGUGCCGGCGAACGGCACCUUCAUCCAGGGCGACCUCGAGGCCACGCUCGACGCGGCCAUCACGGCGGACACAAAGGCCGUCGUGCACCUCGCGGCCGUCGUGAGCUCCGGCGCGGAGCUCGACUUCGACCUGGGCUACGGCGUCAACGUCGCCGGGCUGACGAAGCUGCUGGAGCGCUGCCGGUCCGCGCCGGCGCGGCCGCCGACGGUGCUCUUCACGUCGUCGCUCGCCGUCUUCGGCGCGACGCCCUUCGCGACGGACGAGUCGCCGACGACGCCGGCGUCGAGCUACGGCACGCAAAAGGCCAUCGGCGAGCUGCUCGUCAACGAUUAUUCAAGAAAGGGCUUCAUCGACGGCCGCACGCUGCGCCUGCCGACCAUUAGCGUGCGGCCGGGCGCGCCGAACAAGGCCGCGUCGGGGUUCGCGAGCGGGAUUCUCCGGGAGCCGCUGAGCGGCGUCCGCGCGAUGUGCCCGCUGGAUCCCUCGUCCGUGCUCUGGCUCGCGAGCCCGGACAGUGCCGUCCGCGCCCUGGUGCACGGGCUCUAUGUCGACGGCGACGCCUUUGGGGACUACCGCUGCGUGAACGCGCCGGGCAUCUCCGUGUCGAUCGACGAUAUGCUCGCGAGUUUGGAGCGGCACGGCGGCGACCGGUCCCUCGUGGACUUCGUGCCGGACCCGCACGUCGCGGCCAUCGUCGGGUCCUGGCCGUCGCACUUCGACGUGUCCAAGGCGACGGCGAUGGGCUUCCCCGCGGCCGACGACAUCGACGCGGCCGUCGCGAGCCACGUCGAGCGGGAGCUGCUCGGGGUCGUCGGGUAA